GACAGGGCCAGCAGUUCGCGGCCAGCAUGACUCCUUUUCCCGGCAGAGCCGGUGACCCACGACAGAUACUUUGGCUUCGUGAUGAGUCGGGUGGCUCCAAUGCCCCUGGAAUUCUCGCGGCAGUUGGCACAUUGACCGGCCUGUCAACAUUGGUACUGUGGCUCCGUUGCUAUGUGCGAGGGUACCUCCUGCGACGAUUCAACGCAGAAGAGAACAUCAUUACCGUAGCGUGGCUGUGCGCCGUUGGUGUGCUAGUCUGUUUUGUGCUGGAAGCUCAACACGGUGUGGGCCGCUUCAGCAAAGACAUCACCGAUGAAGAUGAGCAAGUCUUGUCUAAGCUGGUAUACUAUCAUUCAGUUAUUGUCAUGGUCGGGCUUAGUCUUGUGAAAAUUUCCUUGGCUGUAUUCUUGCGACGUUUCUCGUCAACUCUUUUAAGCAAGGCGCUAGUUGGAUCGAUCAUUUUUCUGGUGGCAUUUACCAUUGCCUGUGGUCUUACGCUGAUUCUGCAAUGCAUUCCUGUAGCGGCAGCGUGGGAUACAAGCUUGCGACCUCAUGCCCGCUGUUUCGACAAUGAUACUUAUACAGCUAUUGGCCUCUGGAACAGUAUUACGAACCUCGUCACCGAUGUCAUCUUCGCAACUUUGCCAAUUCCCCUUUUUAUAGGGAUUCAGGUCAACUGGCGAACCAAGUUCUCGCUGAUAGGAGUGUUGAGUCUUGGAUACCUUGCCUGCGUCGCUGGAAUUGUAAAGAUCAUUUCGCAGGUCAACGUACUAAAAGAGCAAAACAUGUAUCGACACGACACUUUCAUGAUUUGGAACUGUGCGGAGCUAAAUGUCGCUAUUCUCGCCGCCUGCCUCCCUAGUCUCAAGCCUCUACUGAAAUCGGUCCUCGAUGGGACCCGCAGCCUGACCACGGGGCGCCGCAAUACCUCUGCCUACCGCUACGACACCCAGGGAUAUUACGUUCAGCGCAGCACCGACAUUGCCAUGAAGUCAAUGCCCCGAGUACCACCGACUGUCUACGAUGUCACAGCUGCAGGAAGCUCCGACGGCGAAUCCGGGAACUGGAGAGAAAGUGACGAGCAGAGGCUGCAUCGGACUGAGACCGGCAUCAUGAAAACGACGGAAGUGGUGAUCCAGACACAUGGAGACUAA